GGACCGGAAUAAAACACAUUUCGCUUUUCAAUUUCAGUGUUCAGUCACUUUUUGCUUGUCAUUCUCUUCGGCUUUUUAUUUCAGGCACAACAAAUAUAUUUAUGAAUUAAUUGCAAUUUUACCAAUAAUUGUAGAGCACGAUGGCUCUAUUUAAUCGAAAAGUGUAUAUAUGUGGAUUGCUGGUGUUAUUUAGCAGCGUGAUCGUAAGGUCUGAGGCCGACAAUGAUGAUGAAGGAGUAACGGUUGAGACUGUUGAAGAAACCGAGCAAUACCAUAGUCCAAGUAUAAACUCAAAGAAUGUAUAUUUAUCUGAGCACUUUGAUGAUGAGGUGGCAUUCAAGAAAAAGUGGAUCAAAUCGGAAGCUAAGAAACAAGGGGUUGAUGAGAACAUUGCCAAGUAUGAUGGAAAGUGGGAGAUUCAAGCACCCUCGCGACGUAUCCUGAAAGAAGAUCUGGGUCUAGUUCUGACUACGGAAGCGAAGCACGCCGCCAUCUCUGCUCUGUUGGACAAACCAUUUGAGUUCAAAGAUAAACCUCUGAUUGUACAAUACGAAGUUACUAUGCAGGAGGGUCAAAACUGCGGAGGUGCUUACUUAAAGUUGCUCUCCCGUGGUACCAACACCAAGGCUGACCUACGCAAGUUCCACGACCAGACACCCUACACUAUUAUGUUUGGGCCUGACAAGUGCGGCAAUGAUAACAAGCUGCACUUCAUCUUCAGACACCAGAACCCCAAGAAUGGCACCAUUGAGGAAAAGCACAGCAAGAAACCCAGUCAACGUCUGGACGACAUCUACAAGGACAAGGAGCCGCAUCUGUACACAUUGAUAGUGCGGCCCGACAACACGUACAGCGUCCUCGUCGACGAGAAGGAGGUCAACGCCGGCUCGCUGCUCGAUGACUUCUCCCCACCUGUCAACCCCCCAGAGGAGAUCGACGACCCUGAUGAUACUAAGCCCCAGGACUGGGACGAGAGGGAGAAGAUCGUGGACCCGAGCGCGACGAAGCCCGAGGACUGGGACGAGGAGGCGCCGGCGCAGAUCGUGGACCCGAAUGCUGUCAAACCUGAUGGCUGGCUGGACGAAGCGCCCGAGAUGAUACCUGACCCGGAAGCGAAGAAGCCGUCAGACUGGGACGAGGAGAUGGACGGGGAGUGGGAGGCGCCACUGGUGGACAACCCCGCCUGCGCCGCCGCCCCCGGCUGCGGACCCUGGAGCCCCCCCCUCAUACCUAACCCCAACUACAAGGGUGUGUGGCGCGCGCCGCUCAUCCCCAACCCCAACUACCGCGGCAAGUGGAGCCCGCGCCGCAUCCCCAACCCCCACUACUUCCACGACGACCACCCCUUCAGGAUGACGCCCAUCCACGCGGUUGGUUUCGAGCUGUGGUCGAUGUCUCCGAUGCUGCUGUUCGACAACUUGAUCAUCAGCGACGACCUGGAGGUGGUGUCGGAGUGGACGCAGCAGACGUACGCCCUCAAGCGCGCCAAGAUCUCCAGCGAUUCUGAGAGUAUGAUGGAGCGCGGACUGCGGUGGGCGGGCGAGAGGCCCUGGUUCGCUGCGGCCGCCGCACUCCUCGCCUUCCUCCUGCUCGCCGCGCUCUGCUACCUCUGCUGCGGACCCUCCGCCUCCGCCGAGCCCGACGUAGAGUACAAGAAGACUGACGCGAUGAUGGAGGACGACCCGCACGAGGCGGAGGGCGAGGGCGAGGGCGAGGUUGAGACGAGGGCGGGGGCGCCGCGCGGCAAGGCGGACCUUGAGGGUCCCGCCACGCCCCCGGCCACACCCCCGGCCACGCCCCCACACUCCGACCACGAGACUGACCAGCCAGAGAAGGGCGGGGUGGACACGGAGGGCGCGGGCGACGGUCACAGGAAGCGCAAGCCGCGCAAGGAGUAAUGACUGCGCUGACACAUCUAUAUCCUAAUUUAUUGAGUACCUUCCGCUCUGGUACUGGUUCAUGCUUCGUAUUUUAAAUGCAUUCUACUGUAUUUAUCGAUACUUUACACCUCUAUAUUUCAGUUAUAUAAUAUGUACUAUUACACUAUUUUGAUAGAAUACUUAAGCGAAGUAGAUCUGUCCCUAAUAGUAAUAAAUUUAUAAAUGUAUUUUAAUAUGUUACUCUAUUGUAUAAUUUAUAACUCAAUAAAUUAGGACUAAUAUUAAUACUUCUAUAUAGAUACUAUUUAUAAGAAAAUAUAAAUUCGCAAUAUAAUUAAUAGUCAAGCGUCAUAAUAUCGAUAUUUCGAAUGAACCUUAUACAUCACUAUAAUAGUUCGAUAAGGAAGUGUGAGCGAGAUGGCUGUACUCGGACGUCUCGUUCACACGUACUGGCGGCUUCUGAUGUUUAGUGUUGUUUAUGUGUCGACGUAUUUUAUUUAAAAUGCAAAAG